GUUCCCUCCUCACGCUGCAGGAUGCGAUGGCUCUCGGUGCUGAGGAUCUUCCCGACGCGUCGCCCGUUUUGAAGCUGCUGCCGUUGGAGGCGAAAGACAGAGGCACUCAGCGCUGUCGCCUGGGCCCGGCCGCCUUGCGCGCCUUGGGCGCGCGCCUGGGCUCCGUGGUGAAGGUGUCGCUGCCCGGGGGCGGCUCCUGCCUGUGCAGCGCCUGGCCCCUGUGGGGCGGCGCCGACGGCUUCGUGCAGCUGGACGCGCGCUGCUCGAGCCCGGGCGCCCGCCUGGAGGCGCCCCACGGCCCCGACACGCUCAGCCUGCGCUGCUUCCAGGCCGUCGCCUGCCCGCCGCUCCGGCGCCUCAGCGUGUGGCCCGAGUGGCGGGAAGGCCGCGCGCCCCCCGGCGGCCCCGCUUCCCCGGCGGCCCUGGAGGCGGCGCGGGCGCUGCUGAGCCUCCGCCCCGUCGGCCUCGGCCUGGUGCUCGCGGCCCCUCCCGACGCCCCGGGCCCCCUGGCGGCCCUGCACGUCGUCGGCGGCGCCCCGCGCCCCGACCCGGCCGGCCUCGUGACGCCGCGCACCGUCGUAGCCUUCAGCCCCGCGCCGCCCGCGAGCCCCGCGCCGAGCCUCGACCUGCCCCUGGGCGGCCUGGCCGACGCGGCCCGCGCGCUGCGGGACCUGCUGCUCCUGCCCCUGCGCUACCCGCGCACGCUGGCCUCCCUGGGCCUCGCCGUGCCUCGCGGGGUGCUGCUCUCGGGCCCCCCCGGCGUCGGCAAGACGCGCCUGGUGCGGGCCGUGGCGCGGGAGACGGGCGCCGAGCUGCUGGCCGUGAGCGCCCCGUCGCUGCAGGGCUCCCGGCCCGGGGAGACGGAGGAGAACGUGAGGCGCGCCUUCCUGCGGGCCGAGGAGCUGGCCCGGCGGCGCCCCACCGUGCUCUUCCUGGACGAGGUGGACGCCUUGUGUCCCCGGCGUGGCGGCGCCCACCGCGCCCCCGAGACCCGCGCGGUGGCCCAAGUGUUGACGCUGAUGGACGGCAUCGGGGGGCCCCGCCGGCUGGUGGUCGUGGGAGCCACGAACCGGCCCGACGCGCUCGACCCGGCGCUGCGCAGGCCCGGGAGGUUUGACCGGGAGGUUGUCAUUGGGACUCCCACGCUUAAACAACGGAAGGAGAUUCUACAAGUGGUCACCUCCAAGAUGCCUCUCUCCAAUGAAGUUGAUUUGAGCCUCAUUGCAGAAAUGGCCGUUGGCUUUGUUGGUGCAGACCUCUCUGCACUCUGCAGGGAGGUUGCCAUGAAUGCACUACAUCGGAGUGAGAAGGACAAUGCUAUGAUUGAUCAAACAGACUUCCUUGAAGCUUUUAAAAAGAUUCAACCCUCAUCGUUUCGAAGUAUCAUUGGACUGACAGAUGUCAACCCUAUUGACUGGGAGCAGAUUGGUGGCCUUGAAGAUGUCAAACUGAAGUUAAAACAGAGCGUCGAAUGGCCUCUUAAAUUCCCGCAAGAAUUUGUUAGGAUGGGUCUGACACAACCAAAAGGAAUCCUCCUGUAUGGCCCCCCUGGAUGUGCUAAAACCACCUUGGUGAGAGCCCUGGCCACAAGCUGUCACUGCUCUUUCGUUUCAGUGAGUGGAGCUGAUCUCUUUUCACCUUUUGUUGGAGAUUCAGAAAGAGCCUUAUCUCAGGUAUUUCAACAAGCAAGAGCAAAUACUCCAGCAAUUGUAUUUUUGGAUGAAAUCGAUUCGAUAGUGGGGUCUCGGUCAAUCAGCAAAACAAAAUGCGGCGUUCAAGAGCGUGUUCUUUCUGUUCUCUUGAAUGAAUUAGAUGGUAUUGGAUUUAAGACUACUGAGAGAAGAGGAAAUAAAUCAGAUCAAUCAGGUAAGGUAAGGGAGCUGAUGAAAAAUUCCUCCUUAGAGUCUCAGGAGCUAUUUCAUCGAAAUGUCAUGGUUGUUGCAGCAACAAAUAGACCUGAGAUGAUAGAUGAUGCUUUGCUGCGACCUGGGAGGAUAGAUAAGGUUAUAUAUAUUCCACCUCCCGAUGAAAAGGGCCGGCUAUCCAUUUUAAAAAUCUGCACCAAAAACAUGCCUCUGGACUUUGAUGUGUCUUUGGAGAAACUGGCGGAAGAAACCUUAUUAUUCUCUGGAGCUGAUCUUGGAAACUUCUGCAAAGAAGCCGCUUUGCUGGCUCUGCAAGAAAAUGGACUAGAGGCAACCAACGUGAAACAGGAGCACUUUCAAAAAUCACUGACGAUUGUAAAGCCAUCCUUAUGUCACAAAGACUUGAUUUUGUAUGAAAAAUUAUUUCAGAGGCAAGAAUUUUCUAAUUUAAAGCAGAUUUAAAAAUUACUUUGCAUAUUUGCUUAAGGACGCAUUGAAAUGUGAACUUGUACUGUAAUUUGGAUCUUCAUAUUUUUUGUAUGUAUGUAUGUAUGUAUUUUCUGUAAAUUAAAAGAUAUUUUUUAAUUU